CUCUUAGGUAGUGUUUGUUUGCAGAGACUAGAACUAAUACUGGGGGACAGGGUCUCAGUAUUGUGUUUGUUGAGGUAGAGACUAGCACUGAAAAUUGUGUCUCUGUCUCAAUAAUUUGAGUAUUUCAGUGCUUCAAAAAAUUGGGGACACUAGAGACUGGGACAAAGACAGAAUUUGAACCAAUUAAUUUCUACCUAAAAUACCCCUAAAAUAAUUAUGUAAUUCCAAAAUUACCCUUUCACUAUAUGAAAUUAGGGCUUCAGUUUUUACUCAGCCCCUCGAAACACCUUCUCCUUCAUGCUCGAAGGAGAUCCUGGUCGGCGUCCAUAGGCAGCGAAGGUCCGUCAACCGCGCCGGCGUAACCGGUUGAAGAUCUGGCGGUCCCACGAACCUGUAGGAGAGAGCCUGCCGAGUAGGUGUGGAGUCCAUCUGAGAGUUUUUGCGACCACAGUUUCUGUUAUCCAGGCUCAAGUUCUCAUUGCAACAAUUGAUUGAGGUUUGCAGUGACAGAGAGUGGUAGUUUACUCACAUUCAAAGGGUGUAACUAUAAAUUCUGUUUGUUGGGUGAUUAGAGCUUGCUUCUUUGCUAAGGAAGAAAUGGAGCGGUCGGAAAUUAUUAAGCGAUGCGUGUCUUUUUAUGAAGAGAUGAGAUCCAACCAUGAAGAAAGAAUGUUGUUCUUUGUGCUUACGCUGUUUGUUUACUUUAGGGAUAGAACUACUGGGCAACUAUCGUUAGGCGGAAGAAUGAAUAGUAGAAUUAGACGUGAGGCGUUAGAGCGUAUUGUUGGUGAGGGUGAUAUGAAUUGUAUCUGGGAGUUGAGAAUGAACACAAAUACCUUUGCUAACUUGUGUGAGUUGCUCCAAGUUCAUGGAGGACUUACAGAGGAUGGUCAUGUAAGCCUGCCGGAGCAGGUUGCGACCUUCUUAAUUAUCUUAGCGCAUCACAAGAAAAACCGUAGUCUACAGGUUAGAUUUUGUAGGUUCAGCGAGACAGUGAGUAAGUAUUUUAAUAAAGUUUUGAAGUCUGUAAUACGGAUUCAAGGGAUGUUGUUCGCGAAGGCUACACCAGUUGCCGAGGACUGUGUGGACCCCACAUGGAGAAGGUUUAAGGGUUGCUUGGGAGCAUUAGAUGGCACUUAUAUAGAGGUGACAGUCCCCGAGUCUGAGAAGGCAAGGUACCGGACAAGAAAGGGUAAAAUAUGCACGAAUGUCUUAGGGGUGUGUAACCGGGAGAUGGGUUUUGUCUACGUACUCAGCGGAUGGGAGGGUUCGGCAUCUGAUUCACGGGUACUUCGAGAUGUAAUAACUCGUUGUAAUAGUCUUAAGAUACCCCACGGUAAUUACUAUUUAGUUGAUGCUGGCUACACAAAUGGUCCGGGGUUUCUUGCACCGUAUAGAGGGACUCGAUAUCAUGUAAGAGAGUGGGCCCAGGGAGCACGUGCACCGCGCAACUACCAAGAAUAUUUUAAUCGGGUACACUCUUCUGCAAGGAAUAUUAUUGAGCACUGCUUUGGUUUGCUGAAGAAGAGGUGGUCCAUCUUAAGAAGCCCUAGCUUUUAUCCCCUAAAGACACAAUUUCAGAUAAUUAUUGCCUGUUGUUUGCUGCAAAAUUUCAUUAGAAAGAGUAUGGAGAUGGAUCCGGAGGAGGAAGGUAGCAUAUUGGAUGAAUUCACGCCCGAUGGAGACGAGGAACAAGAUGGAUUGAUCGAUGUGGUCGAAAACACGAACGAGUAGAGUCACUGGCGUGACAACAUAGCAAAUGAGAUGUAUGAAGAGUGGUGUGCGAGUCAUACGGAGUAGUGUUGUGUGGUUUAGGGUUGUUGUAAUGGCGGCAAUUUUAGUUGUAUCAAUAGUUGAGUGUUGAGACAUUGUAACAGCACAUUAUUUAAUUUUUGGGUACUGCGUAUUUGUGAUAUUGUUUGGUGUUUUAUUUUCAUUUGUAAUGGCAACGACCAGUGUUUUAAUAAUUGAACUACUUGUCUACUUUUUCCUUA